CUGACACCCUGGGGCUGUGAGGAUGGGGCCGGGGAGGGCUGGAUGGAUCCCGUAAGCACCUCCACCGAAGCCGGGCAAGGACGCUGGAACAGCCGGGACGCGUCCCCUCGAGGCGGAGCGGGGUGGGCGCGUUGUCCCGCUCCGGGCACUGCCCGCCCCGCCGGGCGCCAGGAGGCAGCGCGGGGCCGCUCCCUGCGCCGCCCGCCCCGGCCCGGGAUAAUCAUUAACCAGCCCUGGGGACCCGGGCCGAGCAUCGCCGCGCCCGCACUCUCCGGGGACCGGCACCGACCACGGGCACACACCGACCCCUCCGCCCGUCCCCAGCCCCCGGCACCGCCCACGGCCGCCAUGGACGGCGAGGCGAACGGGACCCUCCACCCGUCCUGCAGCGCCAGCGAGCCGCCCUACUCCGAGGAGCUUCUCCGGAGCCUCGACCUACCAGGGAGAUUUCUCUUUGCAACCUUGACUCUGAUGACACUAAUUGCCAUUCUGGUAUUUAUAGAGGAAGCAGUCUACAUCUACAGGAAAAUCCCCUCCUCCAAAAGAUCAAUCAUAAUUUGGAUUAAUGCUGCAGCUCCCGUGAUCUCUACUACUUCAUGCAUUGGCAUGUGGAUUCCUCGCUCAACAAUGUUUACAGAUUUCACAGCAGGAAUAUUUUUUGCCAUAGUUAUCCACAAGUUCCUGAUGAUGAUGAUCAAAGAGUGCGGAGGUCAAAAGCUGCUACUCAGGCGGUUUGAAAAGAGUCACUUCACGAUCAGCACCGGCCCCUGCUGCUGCUGCUGCCUUUGCCUCCCUCGUGUGCCCAUCACUAGGCAAACCCUCUUUUGGCUGAAGGUGGGCACCUUUCAGUUUGCUGUCUUUCGACCUGUGCUCGUAUUUUUAUCAAUAGUGCUUUGGAGUAAUGGCAAUUACCUCCUUGACAAUUUAUCUCCCAAAGAACCCGCGCUAUGGAUUAACAUCUUCAUGGGUGUCCUUACCCUUACUGCUCUGUGGGCAGUUGGAAUCGUGUUUCGAAAAGUUAGGACUCUCCUUACCUGUAAGAACAUUAUCCCAAAGUUUGCCCUUUAUCAGUUUAUUGUUGUUCUGAACCACCUGCAGACUGUUAUUAUCCGCAUGUUGGCCACACAAAGAAUCAUUCCCUGUGCUCCACCACUCUCCUCUACAGCAAGAGCAUCAUAUAUAGCCCAGCAGCUUCUCAUCAUGGAAAUGUUUCUGAUAACUGUAAUCUCAAGAGUCAUAUAUCGGAGAAAAUACCAUGACCUGGAGCCCCUGGAGUACACAGAUGAAGAAGCUAGGGACAAGAAGCAGACUUCUAAGAUUAUCCUGAAUGGUGCAGUUGUUGAAGAUGGAUUGCCAAAAUUCUGCAAUAAGCCCUCCUGUUCUGCAGUAGCUGGAAGCUCAGCUCAGGAAUCUGUAUAUUCUUGCACCACAAAUAGCCACUGUCCAUGUCAGAACAACUUCUGACACAAAUGUCUGUGAGCUGUAGAACUGCAAGGACCAGUAGUGGAAAGAUAACCCUGUUCAUUCUCCAGAGAUGCAAACGUGGUGUGAGUGUUUUCAUACCAUGUAAUUUAGUAAGAUUUUAUACCAUGUACUUUUAUGCUGUUACUGAGCACUUGAGGGUGCCAAACUGUCAAUGUGAUUUUUUUUAUUUUUAUUUUUUAGCUAUUAGAAUGGAUAUGAGUUAAUCCAGAGACAUUCUUGUUCAUCUUUUUUAUCUUUUUAAAAUCUAAUUUUACCCUGCAUUGCUGUCAUAUGUCCAAAGCAGCAUUUUCUCAUCCUUCCUCCAUUACAAAGAUCAUUUCCCACUCCAUGCCAUGAGCUCACUAUAGCUAAUUCUGAUCAGUAAAUACAGUUGCAUAUGUUUGAUCUGAAAUCCCCAAACCUGUGUGGGCUCUCCAUCUACAGAAAUCAUGAUCUUUUUAGGGCAAGACUUUUUACAUUCCUUGGCAAUGCAGCUCCUAAGUUGGUAAACACACAAUUACUGUUUGUAAAUAUGUUACUGACAGAUGCUCUUCCUGAUGAUGAACCUGGGAUGGCAGGUUCUCUGUCACUGUCCUGGAAAAAGAAAAUAGGAGUUAGAGUCUGGGAUGUCUUCUGCCACUGGUCUGUAAUGUUACAUGGGGCUUUGGUUCUCUGCUUGGAAAGUGGGAGAGAUAUUUAAGAUCUUUGUACUAACAGUGUCUGUGGGGAUGAGAGCAAUUGAAAGGAGUGUUGGGGGUGCUGUUUGACAGCUGUCUGAAUGUGAGCCAGCAGUGUGCCCAGGUGGCCAAGAAGUCCAAUGGCAUCCUGGCUUUUAUCAGAAAAAGUAUAGCCAGCAGGACCAGGGAAGUGACUGUUCCUCUGUACUCAGCACUGGUGAGGCCACACCUCGAAUCCUGUCUUCAGAUUUGGGCCCCUCACUACAAGAAGGACACUGAGGUGCAGGAGUGUGUCCAGAGAAGGGCAACGGAGCUGGUGAAGUGUCUGGAGCACAAGUCUGGUGAGGAUCAGCUGAGGGAGCUGGGGGUGUUUAACUUGGAGAAAAGGAGGCUCAGGGGAGACCUUAUUGCUCUCUACAACCACCUGAAAGGAGGUUGUAACAAAGUGGGGGUUGAUCUCUUCUCCCAGGUAACAAGGAUGAGAGGAAAUGGCCUCAAGUUUUUUCAGGGGAGGUUUAGAUUGGGUAUUAGGAAAAAUUUAUUCACUAAAAUGAUUGACAAGCACAGGAACAGGCUGCACAGGGAAGUGGAGUCACCAUCCCAGGAGGUAUUUAAAAGGCAUAUAUGUGGCAUUUGGGGACAUGGUUUAGUGGUGGACUUGGCAAUGCUGGGUUAACUGUUAGACUUGAUGAUCUUAAAGAUCUUGAUCAACCGAAAUGAUUUCAUAAUUCUGUGGAAUCUCCUCCCAAAAACGCUCACCUCCCCAGCUUCUUCACCCCAAAUCUGACCUGCUCAGGCAUUCAGGAGGACUUAAAGUGUUACAGGAUCUUUCCAAUUUGCAACCAUUUCUGUGUUUGGUAUAAACCUUUUUUAACUUUUUGCAAAUGAUCCUGAUGUUCUUGGAUGAAGCUAAUUGCAUUGGUUUAGCUCACUAUAAUUAAUAAGAGGAUACUGUGUUUACUAUGCAUUUGGAUAUUCUGUUGGUUGGGACAGGAGGUGCAGCACCACAUACGAGCACUUGUUCAUCCUCAUGCAGUCUCAUCCCUAGAGGGAAGUACCCAAUCCAUGCAGUAAGAUUCCUGAUUCCAUAAGUAGGCUGGGCAAAUGUAAAAUAAUUUAAUGACAUCUUCUACAUAUAUUGUAUCAAAUACAACUUAUCAUCAGAGCAAAGCUAAGCAGAUAGAAAUAUAGUAUACUUUGGGUUCGAAGGGAUCUUAGAAGGUGAUCUAGGCCUAGAUGCCCCCUGCAGUGAGCAGGGACAUCUUCAACUAGAUCAGGUUGCUCAGAGCUCCAUUCAACCUGACCUUGAAUGUUUCCAGGGAUGGGGCAUCUACCACCUCUCUGGACCACCUGUUCUGGUGUUUUACCACUCUCAUUGUAAAAAAUUUCUUACUUAUAUCCAUCCUAAACCUACCCUCUUGUAGUUUAAAACCAUUUCCCCCUUGUCCUAUUGCAACAGGACCUGCUAAUCUUUCUCGUAGUUCCCUUUAGGUACUGGAAGGCCACAAUAAGAUCUGCCCAAAGCCACCUUGUCUCCAGGCUGAACAGUCCCAUCUCCCUCAGCCUGUCUUCACAGGGUGAGGGGCUACAGCCCUUUGAUAAUUUCUGUGGCCCUCCUCUGGACCCACUCCAACAGAUAAUGGGGCUUUAUUUUUAGCUUGCAUUGAAUUAAAAAAAUGGCUUUCAGUUUGGGGAGUGGUGGGAAAUGAAAUAUUCUGAAAACAACUAGUGAGCCAUCUGGCAGUAGAAAGUGGGGCUGAAUUAAACAAAAUGUUUUCUUCUUUCUGAGAUCAGAAAUAAUAUUUUCUUUAACAAUUGAAGGGUUCCAUUAUAGUAGAAAACUUGCAUUAUUUUUGUUUGGAAGUGGUUAAGUAAUUUUUAUAUUUAAUCUCUUCUUCUAAGCAGGCAGUCUGGGAAAUUAAUACAGAUUUUUGAACUGCAUUAAUAUGAGAGUAUCUGCACACUUUUCCCUUGAAAUAUGAUUUAUGUGAAAAAUUUCACUCUGCAUUUGAGUGUGUGCAUUCAAAUUAACUGAGAUCAGCUAACGUGUUCUAGACAUGAGAAAUCUUCUUAAUGUAUUUUAACAUUAUGGCUAUUGGAAUAUUCUAAUGUUGCCUUAUAUCAGUGUUGCCUUAUAUCAGUGGGCUGCAGUUACAUACAUAGGCUUGCAGAGCAAUACUGAAUUUGAUAGUGACAUUGGGAAUGGUUGGCUGUUAGUUCAAUCAGCUUCAAAAUUGGAAAAUAAAAUAUUUUGACUUGGUGAA